CCAGGCGCGUGUCGGCGCUUUACAAGUAUUAACCCCCCAACACCCUGCAAAGUGGGACUCGGCGUCCCCGCUUCCAGGUUGGGACCUUGGGGUCCAGAGACCCUGGAGCUGCCCGAGGCCAUGACUCAGUCUGUUACCCCGUCUGUCCUGCGGCCUCCGGGCGCCAGGACACCCCCAGGCGGGCCCUGCGGGGAGAUGGACUCCACUCGGUGGCCCAGGCCAGGCAGGAGCAGGGGCAGCAGAAUGGGCCGCCGAGGCCGGGGGAGGGGAGGGGCGCGUUUAGGACAGUCUCGGCCUCGAGGGCAGGUGGUCGUGCUGGGCCUGGGCAGCGGGGCCUCCCCUGAGCCCCCGCCCGGUAACGAUGCUGCUGCUCUCAGGCGCCAAGAAGUGGCUGGAGUGGAGGAAGGAGCUCGAGCUGCUGUCGGACGUGGCCUACUUCGGCCUCACCACGCUGGCAGGCUACCAGACCCUCGGCGAGGAGUACGUGGGGCUCAUCCAGGUGGACCCGUCCCGGAGGCAGGUGGCGGCCCUGCCGGAGCCGCAGAGGAGGGCGCUGCUGAGGGCCGUGCUGGUGUUCAGGCAGGGCCUGGGCUGCCUCCACCGGCUGCACAUCGCCUGGUUCUACAUCCACGGCGCCUUCUACCACCUGGCCAAGAGGCUCACCGGAGUCACCUACCUCCGCCUCCACCGCCCGCCUGCAGAGGACCUGCGGGCCCGGGCCAGCUACCGGCUGCUGGGCCUGGUCUCCCUGCUGCACCUGGCGCUGUCCCUGAGCCUGCAAGCAGUGUCCCGGACUUCGCUGUGCACCCUGUGCCUGGAGGAGCGCAGGCACUCGACGGCCACGCCCUGCGGCCACCUGUUCUGCUGGGAGUGCAUCACCCAGUGGUGCGACACCAAGACGGAGUGUCCCCUGUGCCGGGAGAGGUUCCCACCCCAGAAGCUGGUCUACCUGCGGCACUUCCGGUGACAGGACGGACGGAUGGAGCCGCCUGUCAGGAGAGACAUAAUGGAUUCUGACGAACUUGCACAGAAACCGUAAAAUCCUCUGAUUUU